CUGUGUUUAUUAGGGGAAGGAGGGCGGAGGCGGAGGCCAGUUCCCUAGCUCCAGCCGCCGUCGCCGCUGCUUGUGUAGUGGCAGCCGCGGCCGCCUCCCGCCAGCUCGCUCCGGGAAAAGAGAACGCGCGCGAGCUCGGGCGUCCCCGCCCCAGCCCUUCCCGGAGCCAUGAAUCCCAACUGCGCCCGGUGCGGCAAGAUCGUGUACCCCACGGAGAAGGUGAACUGUCUGGAUAAGUUCUGGCACAAAGCAUGCUUCCACUGCGAGACCUGCAAGAUGACACUCAACAUGAAGAACUACAAGGGCUACGAGAAGACCCCCUACUGCAAUGCACACUACCCCAAGCAGUCCUUCACCAUGGUGGCUGACACCCCGGAAAACCUCCGCCUCAAGCAACAGAGUGAGCUCCAGAGUCAGGUGCGCUACAAGGAGGAGUUCGAGAAGAACAAGGGCAAGGGCUUCAGCGUGGUGGCAGACACGCCUGAGCUCCAGAGAAUCAAGAAGACCCAGGACCAGAUCAGUAACAUAAAAUACCAUGAGGAGUUUGAGAAGAGCCGCAUGGGCUCCAGCGGGGGCGAGGGCAUGGAGCCCGAGCGCCGAGAUGCCCAGGAGCAGCCGCCCCACCACAUCCCGACCAGCGCCCCGGUUUACCAGCAGCCCCAGCAGCAGCAGGUGGCACAGUCCUAUGGUGGCUGCAAGGAACCUGCGGCCCCGGUCUCCAUACCGCGCAGUGCCCCGGGCGGGGGCGGGAAGCGGUACCGCGCUGUGUAUGACUACAGCGCCGCGGACGAGGACGAAGUCUCCUUCCAGGACGGGGACACCAUUGUCAACGUGCAGCAGAUCGAUGACGGCUGGAUGUACGGGACCGUGGAGCGCACCGGCGACACGGGGAUGCUGCCGGCCAACUACGUGGAGGCCAUCUGAGCCCCCGGCCCUGCCCCGCCCCCGUCCGUCUUCAGUGCAUUCCACCGCAUCGCAUCUGUCCUGGGCGGACCCGUCCACCCUUCCGUGUCUCUGUUCUUUUCAAUCCGCGACAGCUUGUUUAUUCCCACCCUCCUCCAGCUUCUUUUGCCAACUGAAGCCUUGUUCUGCCACUUUCGCGGGCUCUUCUCUGGCAGGUUUUCCCUUGACCAACUUCUUGGUUUUCUCUCUGGACGGAAUAGGUGUGGACCUCUCUGGGGGAGGCUGAGGCCCCGGGGAGCUGGUCUGGAAUUGGAGACCCUUUGGCUCCCAGGCCUCUGCCUUCUCUCUUUUCUGCCCCCUCAGACCUUCCUGCCCUCCUCACACACCCAAACUUUCCAGGACUCCCAGGGGAGGGGCUCCGUACAUUCCCGGAGUGGGACCCCACCAGCCUGGCCCCUGGGCUGGGCUUUGCCUCUGCUUCUCAAAGACGGGGCUCCUGGCCCUUGGAGGGGUCCCCUCGCCACCCUCUCCCACUCUCAAGGACCACAGAGGAGGGUAGAGUCCCCGCUUUGGGAUUCAUUCGUCCCUCCCCACAUGUGUUCCUUCUCACACUGUGAUUUCGCUCUCCUGCCCACGCAGAGCGGUGGUGGGCGAGGAGCUCCCCAGGAAGCUCGGCUUGGGUCAAGUGCUCGCCUCUCUCACUUUUAGGGACAGCUGCAGGAAGGAGGGGAACGGGGUGUUCUCUCCGGCAGCCCUUUUCCUUCUUCCUCCCCGCAGUCUCCGGGCGCCCUGGCUGGCUCCUGCACCGGGAGCCAGCCGCCCCCCCCAAGCUCUGGGCUAGGUGGGCCACACCCCCCUCCUUCCCAUGGGAAGAUGUCUUGGGCCUCCCACGGCCGCCCCUCCUUGGCCCAAAGCCAAGUGGACUGGAACUGUGCAGAGCCACAGGACCUUCUGUGUCUCCAGAACUCCGCAUGUGGGGGAAGAGCGCGUCUGGAUCUGUGAGAGGCCAGCGGCGGGGAAGUCAGAGUCCAGGCCCGCGGGAGUCUCUGGGGGGGGCCCCCAGGGGAGAGAAGUUUCCUUGUGGUUUCUUUGGUGUGAAAAUUCCUCCUUUCCUUCAAUUGCCAAAUGGCAGAAGCCCACCCACCUCCUUUCUAGUGUGCCGUGCCAAGGUGAGGGGGGUGGUUGUGGGGUCAGUGGGGCUGAUGGGGCCCGCAGCUUGCUGGGGUGAGGGGGGGGCAGGCGUCGUGGCUCUAGGCCUCUUCUUUCCCCCCAAGUCUGUGUCCUGGGCUGCAGAGGAGGGGGUGCCUUCCCGGCCCCUGUCCCCUGACCUCCCCCUCGCUAACCUUAGGCCCUCUUGAAGCAGGAGAAGGUUCCAGAGCUUCAAAACUGGAAGCACAGACCCCGGGACGAGGAAGGGAAAGAUGGUGCUAUUUCCAAGUCCCUUCUCUUGCUCACUGGCGGCUGUGACGACCCUUGCUUGGCUUUAUUCAUCUCCGGGCUCUCUCAACACCCCUCUGGGCCUCUCCAUCUUGUCUUCACCUCAGGCUCCAGGGUUGACAUCUUUGCCUCCUUGUCCCUUCAGGGGAGGGAGGGCCCUGCAGGCAAAUUUCAACAAUCAGGUUGUCACUGCUUGGGGGUUGACCUCGGAAUAUUUCCCCCAGAUCAGAAGGUUGAAGAAAUGACUGUUGGAGUGGGGAGAGCCUUGCCCGACCUGUCUCUCUUCCUCUGGCCCCUGCCGAGGUGAAGGCAGGUGGAGGGUUUUUAUGUUGGACGAUUUGGGGGAUGAGGGAGGAAGAGAGGAAGCAGUUUGGGGAGCUUUGGGGGAGGCAGUAGUCCAUUACCUUCCCUCUUGAUCUCAAAGCACAACUUGGAUUUGGGGACCAACGGUCAGAGACGCAUCCUGUUGGAGGACCUGUGCUGGGAGCAUGGGGAGAGGUGGCAGGAAAGCCUACAGGAGCAAGAAGCGGCCUGUUUUCCCUUCGCUUCGUUUUCUUUCCAAAACAAGGCAGGCCAGCCACUGGAAUCUUGCUGCCAGCCCCUCUGCUCCUCCCGUCCUAAAAAUAGGGGAUCUUUUCUUACACACCCCCAGAGAGAGGGACUGUGUCACACUGGUGCUGAGGGACCCAGGGGGCUGCUAGGAGUCCUUGCUCCUUUCCAGAACCAACCAUCCCUACAAGAGCACAGAACCGAGGGCUGGGCCAAGUCCCUGGCCUUUUCGUACAGUUCACAAAGGUCUUUGGCCAAUCUAAUCCCAGGAAAGAAGAUGCAUCAAAGCUAGAAUGUGAAUAUAACGUUAGCGGACCAAUAAGAAAAUGCAAGAAGCCCAAUGGUGAGAAAAGUGAAUUCUGUCACACUGCUUCCUAUUUUCUUCCUCAUGUCCCUCCAGGGAAAACGACUUUAUUGCUUCAUUUCUGCCUUUUUCCUCUCACAUAUGCACUUUGGGCCUUUUUUUUUUUUUUUUUAAUAGCUGGGAAAAAAAAAUUCCACCCCGCGAACCUGUAUUUAAAAAGAAACAAAUGACCAUGUGAAAUUUGCCUCUGUCCAAACAUUUCAUCCGUGUGUGUGUGUGUGUGUGAAGCCGUCCAUUCAUCUUUUUAUAUGGGGUGGUUGUCUUUUCUUGGUCUGUUCCGGUCCCUCCCUCGUGGGCUUGUGCUUGAGAUCAACUCUUUCUGGCCUGUUAGGAUUCUCAACGUUUGACUUGGACCACAAGUGAUUCUUUCUCCAGGUGACUCAAAUAAUAAAAGUAUAAUUUUUACCUGUGGA